UGUAUCUCAUCCUCCAUCCGUCUCUGGAUGUCUUCCAGCUGGUCCUUCAGCUCCACCAGGUCCUUGAGCUGGCCCAGAGGACCCUGCAUACACACAGACACAAACUAACUGAUACACUCCCACGUCGUGCACCGGGGAUGCCUGAAUCUGUGGAAGUCCUGAUCAGAGUCGUCGGAGUUCCCGGUCUGCUGAGAGCUGAGCCUAACAGCUCUGUGCUCAGUUAAACCCAGUCCAGCCUUGCUCAGCAAAUAUCUCUGCAUUACAAUAAGAAGGUGAAGCCGUGCUUACAGGAGGCACACUGGAAGAGGAUUUUCCUACAGCCUGUGGACAUUUGCCAAUAGUGGUGAAGAAAGGGAUGCUGCUUCUUUAUGAACACAGGGGUAUUAUGACAAUGAAAGCUAUGUGGUGAUGCAUUUGAGGAAUGUAAAGCUUCUCCACUCCACUGGAGCUGAAUGCUUGCAGCAAAUUGCUUUGGAAGAAAAACACCACCUUUUGCUAGACACUUACAAGUAUAUUCAUUUUUUCACCAUGUACCAAGGAAGUAAAAGGUGCAGUCAAGCUAAAUGUGCACGAUGCAUAUCAAAAAGGAAGAGUUUCCACCAGCUAUUAACAGGAGAUCAACAAGCUAAUUGACUCUUUUUUUUUACCAAGACUGAGAGACCAUCCACCCACCCAUCCAUCUGGCUAUAAUGGAGCUACGAGGGACCCGCGGAACAAUGGGCCUGGACUCGAGGGGUCAGGGGUUGGGGUUCGGCAUGCCAGCCAUCGGGAUUCCAGCCAGCUCCAUAUUAACUGCAGUGCAGCAUCAGGACUACUCAGCCGGCGUCUGGCUUCGCAGGAAGGACAAACUCGAACAUUCUCAGCAGAAAUGCAUUAUGAUCUUCGCCUUGGUGUGCUGCUUCGCCGUACUGAUGGCGUUGAUUUUCUCAGCGGUGGACUUUUGGGGUGAGGAUGAAGAUGGGAUCACAGAGGAGAACUGUAGCAGGAACUGCAGAGUAGUGCUUGUGGAGAACAUCCCAGAAGACAUCUCCUUCUUAGACAAUGGUACAUCACACCUCCCUCUCUCAGUGGGGCUGUACAACUUACUGGACCGAGCUAUCCGGGUCGUAGAGAUAGUUUCCCCGCUGUGGCUCCUCAACUCCUCCGACUAUGAAUCCAGCUUCCAGCCUGCUGCCAGACAGGGCAGGGCUCUGCUGUCCAGGCUGCAAGGGCUGAAAGCUAAAGGAAUCCAGCUGAAGAUCUCCAGCGGGAUGAUCGACUCGACUGAGCUUGGGAUGCUCGCCAAACACAAUGCUGAAGUUCACUAUGUGAACACGACAGCCCUGACCAAAGGUCAACUCCACUCCUCCUUCUGGGUGGUCGACAGGAAACAUUUCUACAUCGGCAGCGCCAGCAUGGACUGGAGAUCCCUUGCCACUAGGAAGGAGCUAGGUGUGUUGGUGUACGACUGCAGCUGUCUGGCUCUGGACCUCCACAAAGUGUUCAGCCUCUACUGGGGGCUCCAGUACAGAGACUUCAUCCCCUCCUUCUGGUCCAAGCGCCUCUUUGCUCUCUUCAACAGGGACACACCACUGGAGCUCACUCUCAACAGCACAAAGGCUCAGGCCUAUGUCUCUAGCUCCCCAGAUGUUUUCAUCCCUAAAGAUCGUAGCAGUGAUCUUGAAGCUAUUUCCAGGGUCAUCCAGGAGGCCCGCCACUUCAUAUAUAUCUCUAUAAUCGAUUACCUGCCCCUCCUCAGCCGCAACGCUCACAGGUACUGGUCCCGUAUUGACGGUCUAAUCCGGGAGGCUCUGAUCCUGAGAAAGGUCCGGGUCCGUCUCCUGAUAAGUUGCUGGGAAAAGACUCAUCCACUUACUUUCAACUUCAUUUGGUCCCUGAGGAGUCUGUGCAUGGAGCAGGCCAACUGCUCAAUGGAAGCUAAGAUCUUCAACGGCAGAGUCCAGAGGGAUGGCAGUCUCCAAGGAAUAAACCACAACAGGUUUAUGGUGACAGACAGAUCCAUUUAUUUAGGUAACCUUGACUGGGUGGGGAAUGAGUUUAGCUAUAAUGCAGGAGCAGGACUCGUGAUCAGUCAGCCAGAGGGCAUCGAGGAGAGGAACUCCACAGUGGUGGAGCAGCUACGGGCUGCAUUCGAGAGGGACUGGUUUUCACGUUAUACCCGAUCCCUGCAGGCCAAUAAGAUCCCCGUCUGCAACAAGCCCCAGAUCAAAAGGCUGAUGCCAGUCAGAACUAGCCACUUAGACAAUGGACAAGUGCUUAUCAGAACAGGCCAGCAUGAUAACGGACCUGCACCAAUGAGACACAAUCACAAGGAUGAUGGACAGUCGCCAGUUAAAACAAAGCACAAUGAUGACAGACUAAGCAAAGUUAGUCGCCAAGACAAGGCCAGUGGACUGGUGCCAAUUAUAGACAGUUACCAAGAGAGGGGACGAGUCGAAAUGAGUCACCUUGAUAACAGACAGGUACAAAUCAAAGGUAAUUACCAUGACAAUCCAAAGGAACCACCCAGUCAGUCAGCUGAGAGCAGCGGCAGCAGAGAGAUCUUUAACAGGUCCCUGUGAGACAGGUUUCAUGAUGAGAACUGCUCUCUUUCAGUAGCCAUGGACUUUACACACUGGGUCUUUGUAGCAUUUUAUUGACGCCAUUUUGAAGAAAACUAAAACUUUUAAGAUUUAAGUAAUAUCUGGUUUUUAUCAUUUACCUGGUACUUAAUCAUGUUCACGGAAGAACUCAGGAAGGAAAGUAAACGCGCCAAUGCAGUCUGGCACUUUGGAUGGAUUUUUUUUAGGAAUGAAACCAAAACAUUUUGGUAUGGAAGAAACAUUGAUUAAUACACUGUAAUAAUAACUUACAACCGUACUACUAAUGUAAGUUUUUUUUUCUCCUUGUUGAGAUCCUGUCAAGCAAACGAAAUCUUGCAAUCUUAUAGAUUGCCUAAUUAUUGUAUGUCACUUUAGAUGUUUGUCAUAACUGAUCACCCUGUAAAAGGGAGAAAUCACGCCUGCAUGUCUAUGAGAUGGAAAGCAGUGCAGCACGUGUAGCUACACUAGCAACAUUUAUCUUUAAAGAUACACUCCAAAGUAGCGGAAGACUUACAACACAGCUUUACUGUACAUGGUGGGGAUCUCUUAUUGCCUCUGUACUAAUUGGUUGUGGAUACUUUGGCCUCAUGUAAAUAGUUGGUGCAUCUCCAGCAGUCUUCUGAAUAGGAUACUGUAUAAUAAUUCCUUAAAACUGUAAACAUAUUUAUUACCACUGAUAACUUCAGAUAUUCAGAUUUAUUCUAAUGUCAAAUGACAUUAAUAGAAAACAAUCUUAUGUGUAUGUAUUAACACAGAUCCCUCUAAAGGGUUUUUAAACGUUUGCACUAGGGCUGGGCGAUAAGGAGAAAAUCAAAUAUCACGAUAUCUUUGAACAAAUACCUCGAUAUCGAUAC